GCAGAAUGUAUGAGGCACCAGAGAGGAGGGAGAAGUUCACUCUGAGCCGAGCAGCUGCAGUUUUGUGUGCCUGCCUGAAAGAAUUGAAGAUUUUCUGCACAUAACAAGGCGAACCGUACAUUUUUUCAGGGUCGUGGGACAAUUAAUCCCAUGGCUGCUGGGUUGCAGAGGGAGUCAGCUGACAGAGGGGAACAAGAGUAAGAGGGAUGAGGAGGUAGAGGAGGAGGAGGAGGAGGAGGAGGGUGCACGAGGCCCUGGAAGCAGCAGGAAAAGGGGGCCGGCCUUGACUGACAAUGCUUUUUCUCCAACGAGGACUUUCGCAAUGCUAACUUUGACCUGUGGACUCAGGGUGCAGCCGUUCAGCUCCGACUUCGUUUAUUUGAAAGCCGGUAGAGCAUGCAGAAUGUACCGGAGGAGUGGAGGGAAGUACGGGACGAGAGAGCAGGAGAUGGGAUGACGGGGGAGGUGCAGCUCCGGGGGAAAGCGGAUCCUGAGGUGAGGAAGAAAGGUGAAGAGUCACUGAUGAUGGAGCUGACGAGGCUGGUGCAGGAGACGGUGAAGGGCAGCAGCUGGUGGGAGAGGAGGGGGAUCGAUUGCAGCAUCCUGGCUGCAGCGUUCCUCUGUCUGCCACCCGCUUUCCUGCUGCUGGGCUCCUCUCAGGUGCUGUGGUUUUCGGCGGGCAUGCUGCUGAUGAGUGUGGCUCACGGUGUCAUCACCUUCAAAGGGACACAUCUGGCCAGCCACGGGGCGCUGAGCGAGUCGCAGGCCUGGGCCAAGUUCUGGGCCGUCUUCUUCAUCGAGAUCUGUGGCUCAUUCUCAGCACAAGCCGGCGUUCAGGGCCACAUAAAGAUGCACCACGCUCACACUAAUGUGGUUGGACUGGGGGACUCCAGCGUAUGGAAGGUCCCCUGCUUGCCCCGCUCCAUCUACCUGUUCGUAGCUCCCCUGGCCGUGCCCAUCAUCACCCCACUUGUUGCACUCGCUCAGCUCAGAGGACACUCUCUGGCUCUCGUGGUCAGGACCGUGCUGAUGGUUUCACUGGGCCUGUAUUCACAGUACUGGCUGCUGAUCCACGUCUCGGGCUUCCUGUCGCCCCUCAGCGCUCUGCUCUGCAUGCUCGUGUGUAGAGCAAUGUUCUCGGUGCCGUACAUCCAUGUCAACAUUUUCCAGCACAUUGGCCUCCACAUGUUCUCCGCGACCAACCGACCAAAGAGGAUCUACCAGAUGACCCAUGGAGUCCUGAACCUGCCCCGUAACCCUCUGCUGGACUGGAUGUUCGGACACUCGCUUAUCAACUGCCACGUGGAGCACCAUCUCUUCCCCUUCCUAUCUGAUAACAUGUGUCUAAAGGUGAAGCCUGUUGUGUCCAAGUAUCUGACCGAGAAGCAGCUUCCGUACCAGGAGGACAGCUACUUCUCCCGCCUCAGGCUGUUCUUCCACAAAUACCAGGAACUGAUGGUGUUUGCUCCGCCCAUCACAGAGCUGGUGGGGGUGCAGUGAUGAAGAGGCAGUGAUGAAGAAGAACUGUUUAUUCUGCUGCUGCUGCUGCUCCAAAGUGUUUCAGUGACACGUUACAACCACAGUCUCUAACAGGGUUUAAUCAAUAACACAUUCAAGAUUAACUUAGUCUGAUAUUAGGAGAUCAAUUAAUUAAUUUUUUUUCAAAACUUAAUUUUUUUAAAUUGUUAUAUGAACAAAAUUAAUGUGUUUCACUUUUAGAGGUAAUUUGAUAAAUUGCACAAAGCUCAACCUAAAGCUGACUUGAUUGUGUUUAAUAGGUGCUGCUUUAAAAGACACUUUGGGAGAUUAAUCACUGAUCUGGGGUCUGUCUCAUGAAGGAAAUUAAACUCAGUCUGCUGGUCCUUAAUCGUUUUACAAAGAUGGUUUCCUCUGGAUUUAACAGCAACAUCAAGAGAUUCAGAGGAUUGUAGUUUAUGAACCUCAUUCAUAACAGCAGUGAAAAAUAAUGAUGAAUUCAUGUAAAAGUUAGAGAAACUAAGCACAGUAGUGGAAUAUUUAAGAAACAACAACAGAAAUAUUAAUAUAACAGAGUAACCACAUGUGUGAUACAUUAUGUUUAAUACACUUUUUGUACAAAAAUAAUAAUUUAUUGGCAUUUUUGAAUAAUACAAUUUUACAAAGCUAAAGUCAAAUCAAUCCAAAUAUUGUGCUUGAGAUUAUGCUGAAAAUAAAAUAAAAUAUGCUUUUGAUCAUAAAUGGUAAUGAUAUUAAUGAUAUUUAACCUUUAAAGUAAAAUAGUUCAGAUGGUAAGGGAAAUAUGUAGGCAUAUUUAAAUAAAGAUUUGUUUCUCUUUGCUUCUCUAUGUUAAUAGCGUCACCUCCAUACUAUAUUUACCGUACAGACAGACAGACAGACAGACAGACAGACAGACAGACAGACAGACAGACAGACAGACAGACAGACAGACAGACAGAGAGUGGAACUGAUUCAAAAACAAGCACAUUGGAGUAUUUCCCAAACUGUUGAACUAUCCCUUUAACAAUAUCUGUGGUGGAUGUAGAGAGAAGUAAGUAUUUUUUUUAAAGUCAAUACUGAAACUUGCUUCAUGAGACAGGCCCCUUAGUUUGUUGUUGUUGUUGUUGUUGUUGUUGUUGUUGUUGUUGUUGUGUCCUCAGGCUCAUACUUCAUUCUAGUCACAGUUCUCAAAGACAUAGAGGGUUCUCAGUGUUUUUGUCUCUCUGAAAAUAAAUUUUAACACAA